GUCAAAACGCAAGAAAGGGAGCUUUCACUGCCCUUUUCACAUCGACCAUACCAGACCAGGUCCAGGUCAAAAACCACUAGAAUUAGACUCGUCAAAUCUAGACUGUAUUAUUCCAGAGAAGCUAAAGACUGUUUAAAACACUGUUACCUGAUAUGUUAAGCCUUCAUUCUAUUUGUAGUAAUAGUAAUGUAAUGAGGUUUCCCUUAACUUUCCCCUUAAUUGUGGAAUCGGAGGCUAUCUCCUCCAGCGUCGUCAUUUUCGCUAGCAAGAGGUUUUAAGUUACACUUUUUCACUUCCUACAAACUGUCAAGUGCAUAUCGGAAGCCCUGCACCUGGUCCAGUCCCCAAAGGCCAUGUCAGGAUUUACAGCAUGAGAUUCUGCCCCUUUGCCCAGAGAACCAGAUUAGUGCUGAAUGCCAAAGGGAUCAAACAUGACACCAUCAACAUCAAUCUGAAAGAUAAACCUGACUGGUUCCUUGAGAAGAAUCCCCUUGGUCUUGUCCCAACACUGGAGACAACUGCUGGUGAGGUGAUAUUCGAGUCUCCCAUCACCUGUGAAUACCUGGAGGAAGUUUACCCUGAGAGGAAGCUUCUUCCUCCCUCUCCUUUUGGUAAAGCUCAGCAGAAGAUGAUGCUGGAGCAUUUUUCCAAGGUAGUACCAUACUUCUACAAGAUCCCAGCCGGGAGGAACAAUGGCGAGGAUGUCUCAGGACUGGAAGCUGAGCUGAAAGAGAAGUUUGCCAAAUUAAAUGAGGACCUGGUUAAUAAGAAGACCAAGUUCUUUGGUGGCGACUCCAUCACGAUGAUUGACUACAUGAUGUGGCCAUUUUUUGAGAGGCUGGAGAUCUUUGAACUGAAACACUGCCUUGACAACACAGCUGAGCUGAAGAAGUGGACAGAGUGCAUGUCGGACGACCCGACUGUCAAAGUCACGGGGCACAGUGUGGACACCUACAAGGGGUUUUACAAGACUUACAUUGAGGGGAAACCCAACUAUGACUACGGCCUGUAGAAGAUACUGAACAAAACCUUAAA